AUGGAUUUCACAGAGACUUGCAGACAGGCUUUGGAACAUUUGCAAAAUCGAUACCGGUGUGGUCGACAGCACCCACCUGUAAACAACAGCUUUGAUGCGGCUCGCUGGGAAGGGACGGGCACGUUAGGCAUGAAACGAAUCCAUGCACUUACCAUUCAAGCCAACUAUGAGCUGAGGAUUGACCUGGAGGACUUCGAGAACAGUACCUCCUUUGCAAAGUAUGGCUCUUUUGGAGUGGGUUUGUUCUCUGUUGACCCCGACGAGGAUGGCUACCCACUGAGCAUCGCAGACUACUCUGGCACAGCAGGCGACUCGCUGCUCAAACACAACGGGAUGAAAUUCACCACUAAGGACAAGGACAACGACCACUCUGAGAAUAACUGCGCGUCCUUCUACCACGGCGCCUGGUGGUACCGCAACUGCCACACCUCCAACCUCAACGGACAGUACCUGCGCGGCCAACACACCUCGUAUGCCGACGGCAUCGAGUGGUCGUCCUGGACGGGUUGGCAGUAUUCGCUGAAGUUCUCCGAGAUGAAGAUUAAGCCAACCAAGGAGGAGAAUAAAUGAGUGAGAACUAGAGAACUUGACUAGAAGAGCUCAAAGAGGGCUGUAGGUGUUAGAGACACUCAAUGCAGAAACGCAAGAACUUUCCGGCGACAACCUCUUUCUCAUGUUACUGUUUCUAUUCAUCUUUCAAUUCCCGUUUUCCCACCAUCUUGUAGUGUUUGUGCUAAUGCCGAAUGGGCCGAUGUUUUUCUCUUGUUCUACUGUUCACAUCUCUGAAUAUUAUUACGAAACAUUGCAGGUAUUGUCAAAAAUGUACUAAUGAAAAAAAAAAUCGAUAGUCGUUAUCUAAAAAAAAAAUAAAAAUAAAAACAAACAAAAAAUACUUCUGUAGCUGUGAAAUUUAGCAAGAACGUGUAGCUUUUCAUAAAAAUAAAGACUUUUAACUCUUCAGACAUCCGACGGAGAGGCAGCUUGUCCUAUGUUAUUUUCGUUCAGUGCUUAAUCAAUAACUCGUAGUUAAACAUGACAAGGUUGCUAUUGGUGUGUCCAGCCCCUGCUGUAAUAUCUGGGAGGUAACUAGAUUUUCCCACAUGUCGAGUAAAUAUGUUAUUGACCACCAGAGAUGCUCAAAGAGAAUAUGUGUCACAGUGGUGGCUUUCAGAGUGAUGGGCCAGUACAGGCGCAUUUUUCACUCUGACAGGUCAGUCGGUGGAAGGUUUAUCAAUGGAGAAGCUGAACGUCUCUCAGAAAACACAAUAACCCUUUGGUGUUACUGGCGGAUAGAAGAGUGUUGGAUUUUAUCUUAUGCACAGUAGGUCAGAUUCACCUAAAAUCACAAUGAGAUGGAUUGACGGAGCUUUAAGGCUUAAUCUUGGAGAAGAUCUGAGAACUGAACUUUUU